UCGAUAGUUCCAUGGAGAAACAGGGGAGAUCAAAGGGAAAUCUCUUUCAAUUCAUACCAGCAGCCAACUCUGUUACGUUUCACAAGCCACCCAUGAGCCCUGGUCGUGACAAGAGACAAGAGAGUUGGAGCAAAUUCAAGCCCAACAAUGGCAGGAAAGGCUUCUCUGGUCCCAUCGCAUCCAUGAUUCCAGCUGAGGCAAGAAGGAAAUCAAGAACUGGUAGCUUUGAUGCAGCAGAACCCACAUCCCCCAAAGUCUCUUGCAUGGGCCAAAUCAUUCACAAACACAAGAAACUCAAGAACAAGAACAAAAUCCAGAACCAGAACCAGAACCAGAACCAGAACCAGAACCAGAAGAAGAUGAUCUCCAAAUCUAUGCCUAUGCCCUCUCAUAAGGACUCUUAUAAGCUUGAAUCAUCUCCUAGAGAAGCAAAGAAGAAACCAUUUUCAGGGAUCUUUAAACGUUUACAAAUCAAGAAAUCUGUUUCUGAUGUUCCUGAUAAGAACAGAGCAGCUCUGGUUCAAGGUAGUGUGCCUUCAUUGGGUAAGAUGAAGCAUCUCGCAAGUGGUCGUAAUUCUUUGGCUAAUUUUGAUUGGACUGCUCAUAUGCCGGUGGUUUCCGAUGACCGGAAUUAUCAUUCCGAUGAAGAAGGAAGUGGAGGAGGAGGACGAGGAGGAGAUAGUGAUGGGGAAGGAGAUGAGGAUAGUAUAAUCAUUCCUCACUCUGCACCCAUAAUUGUUGUUGGUGGAGGUAUUGCUUUGGAGCCAAGGAAAGAAGUUAAUCUAUGGAAGAGAAGAACAAUGAGUCCACCUCAGCCUCUCCAAUUGACUGUCAAUUAGGUUUGAUCAAAGUGAUGAGCAAUGGAUGGAGAGGAUCUUUGGAUUCUUCUCUUUUUUUUUUUUUGAUUUUUUUU